AGAUGAAAACGAGACAAAAGCAUGUCAGAUAAGAGAAAAGAGGCAUGAAAUGUAACGGAAGAGAGAGGGGUGUAGGUGGAAGGGUGCCCGGGGGUGGGAAAGUAGAGGUAAAACCUUUAACGGUUGUCAUAGGCCAUUACAGUGCUUCAGUGGCAAACCAUAAUCCUUAUUUACCACAGAUGGUGCUGGAAAACCGAUUCGAAACUGGUCUUUCAUAACAGUUAUGAUACCCUAGAGGUGAUAUGGGAAAGAGCAACAAGGAGAGACUAAUAUUGCAACAAUAAUAAGAGGGAGGCAAAUGUGUCAUAGUCAAAUUGAGAAUCAAUACCUGUCUCAGAAUCAUUGAUGCAAUGAUUAAACUUUCUCCUUUUGCAACUGAAUUUACAGUGACAACACCAUACCUUAUGACUCCGGUGUCCAGUACAACAACUGACAUAAGCUCAGGUACAGCAGCAUCCAUUGCAACAAUGGGAUCAAGAAAAGCAACAGAUUCGACAACCAGUGCAAUGACUGAUUCCAAAACAACUGAAUUGGCAAAGAGUGAGACAACAGAAUCAAAUACAGGAAUAGCAGGGUCACCAUCCAGUGCAAUGAUAGAACCAUCAUCCAGUGGGACGAAUGAUUCAAACACUGCAACAACAGAAUCAAUUUCCAGUGCAACCACUGCAUUAAAGGCGGGCACAGCUGAACCAACAUCCAGUGCAAGAGCAAAAACUAAUACGGGAACUGACAAAUCAGUAUUCAGUUCAACAACUGGAUCAAUUUCCAGUACAACUAUUGCAUUCAACACAGGAACACCUGAAUCAACAAACAGUGCGACAACAGGAUACAACACAGGAAACAUCACAGGAACAAUAGAAGCAUCAACCAGUAUAAUGACUGAAUCAAACACAGCAACAAAUGAACCAAUAUCCAGUGCAAUAACAGGACCCAGCACGGAAACGGCUCAACCAACAUUGAGAGCAACAACUGAUUUAGACACACAAACAACUGAAUCUGCAACCAAUGAAACAACAGAAUCAAAGACAGGACCGACUGAGUCAACAUCCAGUGCAACAACAACAACAACAACAACAGAAUCCAACACAGAUUCACCAAAUUCCAGUGCAACGAGUGAAUCAAACACAGCAACAAUAGAAUUAAUGUCCAGUGCAACAGCUAAGUCAAACACAGGGACAUUGGAACAAACAUCAAGCAUGACAACUGAAUCAACGUCCAGUGUUACAACAGAAUUAACAUUCAGUGCAACAGCUGAAACCAAUACGGGAACAACAGAAUCAAUAACCAGUGCAACAACUCAAUCAAUCACAGCAACAACUGAAUCAGCAUCCAGUGCAACAAUAGAAUCCAGCACAGGAACAGUUCAAUCAACAUUAAGUAAAACAAGUGAAUUAUCCACAGAAAUACCGGUACCAAUAUCCAGUGCAACAAGUGAAUCAAACACUGUAACCACACAACUAACAACAAGGGCAACUUCUGAAACAAACACUGGAACAGAUACAUCCAAUGCAGCAACUCAAUCAAACACAACAAUAACAGAAUCAACAGCAAGUGCGAUUACUGCAGUAAACACAGCAACAGCUGAAUCGAAAAACAGUGUGACAACUGAAUCAACCACAGCAACUACAGAAUCAAUUUCCAGUGCAACUGAAUCAAACACAAGAACGGGUGAACCAACAACCACUGUAAUGACAGAAGCCAAUACGGGAACAACUGAUCCAAUAUCCAGCACACCAACUGAAUCAAACACUCGAACAGCUGAAACAGCAUCCAGCGCAACAAUAGAAUCCAGCACAGGAACAGCUCAAUCAACAUUGAGUAAGACAGGUGAAACAGUCGCAGGAUCAACGGAACAAUCAGCAAGUGUGACAAUGGAAUCAAUACCCAGUGCAGCAACAAAAACACCCUCCAGUGCAAUUACUGUGUUAAACACAGGAACAGGUGAAGCAACAUCCAUUGCAACAGCGGAAACCAAUAUGAGGACAAUUGUAUCAAUAUCCAGCACAACAACAAGUGAAUCAAACACAGCAACAAUAGAAUUAAUGUCCAGUGCAACAGCUAACUCAAACACAGGGACAUCUGAAUCACCAUCCAGUAUCACAAUUGAUUCAAACACAGAAGCAGCUUUGACAGCAUCCAGUGCAACAAAUGGAUCAAACACUGUAACAACAGAAUCCACAUCCAGUGCAAUGACAGAAUCAACCACUGGAACAGCAGAAUCAAUAUCUGGUGCAACACCACAAUCAGCAUCCAGUGCAACCAUUUCAUUAAGCACAGGAACAACAAAAUUGACACCCAGCGCAACAGUGGAACCUAUAUACAGUGUGACAACGGAAUCCGUAUCCAGUGCAACCGCUGAACCAAUAUCCAGUGUGCAAACUGAAUCAACAUCCAGUGUGCAAACUGAAUCAGCACCCAGCGCAACAGCUGAAUCAACAUCCAGUGCAAUAACUGUACAAAUAUCCAGUGCAACAACUGAAUCAGUUACAGGGAUGGUUGAUUCAGUAUCCACUCCAAAAACUGAAACAAGCACAGAAACAGCAACAACAGCAAACAGUGCAGCAACUGAAUCAAUAACAGGAACAGUUGAAUCAACAUCCAGUGCAACUACUGCAUUAAACCCAGCAACGGGUGAAUCAACCAACAGUGCUACAACAGAACCCAACUCAGGAACAACAGAACUGAUGAGCAGUACAAUGACUGAAUCAAACACAGGAACACGUGAAUCCACACCCAGUUCAACAACAGAAUUAACAUCCCGCACAACAACUGAAACCCUAUCCAGAGCAACAACUGAAGCAAUAUCCAGUGUGACAACGGAAUCAACCACAGCAACAACAGAAUCGACAGCCGGUACAACGACUGAAUCAAACACUGGAACAGGUGAACCAACAUCCAGUGCAGCAGCAGAAACCAAUACGGGAACCGAAUUGGCAUCCAGUGAAACCCAAGAAUCAAUUUCAAGUGCAACAACCGAAUCAAACACAAGAACAGAUGAACCAACAAUUACUGCAACAACAGAUAACAAUACAGGAACAAUUUCCAUCACAACAACUGAAUCAAACACUGGAACAGCUGAAACAGCAUCCAGUGCAACAAUAGAAUCCAGUACAGGAACAGCUCAAUCAACAUUGAGUAAAACAACGGAAACAAUCACAGCAACAUCGGAACUAACAUCAAGCAUGACAAUGAAAUCAAUGUCCAGUGCAACAACUGAAUCAAUCUCCACUGCAACUAAUGCUUUAAACACAGGGACAACAGAAUCAACAUCCCACGCAACAACGGAAUCAACGUCCAGUGUUACAACAGAAUUAACAUUCAGUGCAACAGCUGAAACCAAUACUGGAACAACUGAAUCAGCAUCCAGUGCAACAAUAGAAUCCAGCACAGGAACAGUUCAAUCAACAUUAAGUAAAACAAGUGAAUUAUCCACAGAAACACCGGUACCAAUAUCCAGUGCAACAAGUGAAUCAAACACUGUGACAACACAACUAACAACAAGGGCAACUUCCGAAACAAACACUGGAACAGAUACAUCCAAUGCAGCAACUCAAUCAAACACAACAAUAACAGAAUCAACAGCAAGUGCGAUUACUGCAGUAAACACAGCAACAGCUGAAUCGAAAAACAGUGUGACAACUGAAUCAACCACAGCAACUACAGAAUCAAUUUCCAGUGCAACUGAAUCAAACACAAGAACGGGUGAACCAACAACCACUGUAAUGACAGAAGCCAAUACGGGAACAACUGAUCCAAUAUCCAGCACAACAACUAAAUCAAACACUGGAACAGCUGAAACAGCAUCCAGCGCAACAAUAGAAUCCAGCACAGGAACAGCUCAAUCAACAUUGAGUAAAACAGGUGAAACAGUCGCGGGAUCAACGGAACAAUCAGCAAGUGUGACAAUGGAAUCAAUACCCAGUGCAGCAACAAAAACACCCUCCAGUGCAAUUACUGUGUUAAACACAGGAACAGGUGAAUCAACAUCCAUUGCAACAGCGGAAACCAAUAUGAGGACAAUUGUAUCAAUAUCCAGCACAACAACAAGUGAAUCAAACACAGCAACAAUAGAAUUAAUGUCCAGUGCAACAGCUAACUCAAACACAGGGACAUCUGAAUCACCAUCCAGUAUCACAAUUGAUUCAAACACAGAAGCAGCUUUGACAGCAUCCAGUGCAACAAAUGGAUCAAACACUGCAACAACAGAAUCCACAUCCAGUGCAAUGACGGAAUCAAACACUGGAACAGCAGAAUCAAUAUCUGGUGCAACACCACAAUCAGCAUCCAGUGCAACCAUUUCAUUAAGCACAGGAACAACAAAAUUGACACCCAGCGCAACAGUGGAACCAAUAUACAGUGUGACCACUGAAUCAACAUCCAGUACAACCGCUGAACCAAUAUACAGUGUGACAACGGAAUCCGUAUCCAGUGCAACCGCUGAACCAAUAUCCAGUGUGACCACUGAAUCAACAUCCAGUGUGCAAACUGAAUCAGCACCCAGCGCAACAGCUGAAUCAACAUCCAGUGCAAUAACUGUACAAAUAUCCAGUGCAACAACUGAAUCAGUUACAGGGAUGGUUGAUUCAGUAUCCACUUCAAAAACUGAAACAAGCACAGAAACAGCAACAACAGCAAACAGUGCAGCAACUGAAUCAAUAACAGGAACAGUUGAAUCAACAUCCAGUGCAACUACUGCAUUAAACCCAGCAACGGGUGAAUCAACCAACAGUGCAACAACAGAACCCAACUCAGGAACAACAGAACUGAUGAGCAGUACAAUGACUGAAUCAAACACAGGAACACGUGAAUCAACACCCAGUUCAACAACAGAAUUAACUCCACGCACAACAACUGAAACCCUAUCCAGAGCAACAACUGAAGCAAUAUCCAGUGUGACAACGGAAUCAACCACAGCAACAACAGAAUCGACAGCCGGUACAACUACUGAAUCAAACACUGGAACAGGUGAACCAACAUCCAGUGCAGCAGCAGAAACCAAUACGGGAACCGAAUUGGCAUCCAGUGAAACCCAAGAAUCAAUUUCAAGUGCAACAACCGAAUCAAACACAAGAACAGAUGAACCAACAAUUACUGCAACAACAGAUAACAAUACAGGAACAAUUUCCAGCACAACAACUGAAUCAAACACUGGAACAGCUGAAACAGCAUCCAGUGCAACAAUAGAAUCCAGUACAGGAACAGCUCAAUCAACAUUGAGUAAAACAACUGAAACAAUCACAGGAACAUCGGAACAAACAUCAAGCAUGACAACUGAAUCAACGUCCAGUGUUACAACAGAAUUAACAUUCAGUGCAACAGAUGAAACCAAUAUGGGAACAUCAGAAUCAAUAUCCAGUGCAACAACUCAAUCAAUCACAGCAACAACUGAAUCAGCAUCCAGUGCAACAAUAGAAUCCAGCACAGGAACAGUUCAAUCAACAUUGAGUAAAACAAGUGAAUUAUCCACAGAAACACCGGUACCAAUAUCCAGUGUAACAAAUGAAACAAACACUGUAACCACAGGUGAACAAACAAGCACUGCAACAACAGAUACCAAUACAGGUACAAUUUCCAGCACAACAACUGAAUCAAACACUGGAACAGCAUCAAGUGCAACAAUAGAGUCCAAUACAGGAACAGCUCAAUCAACAUUGAGUAAAACAAGUGAAUUAACUGCAGGAACAUCUUUACCAACAUCAGGUGCAACAAGUGAAUCAAACAUUGUGAUAACAGAACUAACAAAGGAAACUUCUGAAACAAACACUGGAACAGCUACAUCGACAUCCAGUGUGACAACUGAGUCAAGCACAGCAACAGCAGAAUCCACAUCCAGUGCAAUUACUGAAUCUAACACAGGAUCAACUGAAUUGGCUUCCAGUGAAACAACAGAAUCAAACACAGAAACAGCUACAUCAAAACCAAGUGCAGCAACUGAAUCAAUAACAGGAACAACUGAAUCAAACACUGCAUCAGCUGAAUCAGUAUCCAGUGGAACAACUGAAUUAAAUACAAGAACAGCUAUAUCAAUAUCCAGUGCCACAACUGAAUCCAACACAACUACAACUCGGUCCAUAUCCAGUGCCACAAUUGAAUUCAACACAGGGACAGUUCAACCAACAGUAACUCCAGUAAAUGAAUCAAACACAGGAACAGAUCAAUCAUCAGCCAGUGCAACAACUGAAUCAAGCACAGCAACAAUAGAACCAACAACCAGUCCAAGUACUGAAUCAAAUACUGAAUCAAAUACACAAACAGAUGAAUCGAUGCCCAGUGCUACGACAGGCUCCAACACAGGAACUACAGAAACCAAUGCGACAGCCCAGUCAGGCACAGGAACAACUGUAGCAAACUCCAGUGCAACAACUGAAUCACGCAUUGGAACCACGGAAUCAACAUCCAGUGCAACAACUGAAUCAAUUGCAGGAACAACCACUAGUCCUGCAACAACUAUCCUCAUCAGCACCACCAAUCCUACAGCAAAUACCAGCGUCGUUGGUCCUACAGCUGCCAGCACCAACAGUCCUACUACAACCACCAGUACCACCACUCCUACAACUGCCAGCAGUAUCAGUCCUACAACAACCAACAUGACCAACAGACCUGGAACAACAGCCACCACCGUGGCUGCUCCCACCACCACAUGCGGUAAGUUACUCGAGCCUUAUUGCCACAAUCUCCCCUCCCCCAUACAUACCAAUUCUCCAUUAUUUACUAAUACGAAAAUUCAGUGCAGUGUGUACAAAACUCAUUCAUUGCUAGUGCCGUCUCUCCAGUACCAGCAAGAGCCACUGAAGAUCAUUCGUAUUGUUCCCAUUGUGGUGGAAAGUCAAUCAAUUCAGGUUCGCUUAGAGGUUGGCUUAAACAGUGCAUUUAAGGCCACAUAUACUUUCAGUAUAAAGAAGGACAAUAAAAUAGUGGAAACUUUUUCAACUGGGCAAAGUACAAUAAGGUUUACCUCUCUUGAAGUUUCGGUUAACUAUGUGAUUUCUGUAUCAACAUCAACUUGUGGUGAAAAGUCUACAGUUUCAUGGCAUUUCCGAACAGCUGGCAGAGUAAUGAAAGGGACAACGAGAUUAACAAAUAAAAACUACAUUGAUGCAUUUCAAAACAAAACCAGCAAGGAAUUCAAAGAAUUUUCCAAUAACUUCACUCAAGAAGUGGAAAAUGGUCUUCCUCCAGAUGUUCAGAAUUAUGUGAAAAAUGGAGAAACGAGAUUGACUGUUGAUAAUAUUUCAGAAGGGAGCGUGGUUGUAAAUUUUACAUUUGCAGUUUCAACUAAUCUGACAAUCACUACGCCAGAAGUCCAAGGGACAAUUAUUGAAUCCUUAAACAAUAGUCAACAGUUUGUUGUAGAUCUUCAAAGCACAAGUUUCACAGUGGUAGACAGCUGUCAGACUGGGCUGAAUGAUUGUUCAGGUGAUGGGACUUGUAUCACGCUCAAUGAAACCUAUACCUGCCAGUGCAAUGUUGGAUUCAGAGACCCAAGUCCCAAUGUUCCAGGCCGAGUGUGUGAAGCUACGUCAAUACCCAGUGCAACAACUGAAUCAAACACAACAGCAACAGAACCAACGGCCAAUGCAAGCGAAUCAACCACAGCAACAACAGAAUCAAUGUCCAGUCCAACACCUAACUCAAACACAGAAACAGUUGUCACAGCAUCCAGUACUCUAAUUGAUUCAUUAACAGGAACAACUGAAUCGGCAACAAGUGACACCACGGUAUCAAUAACGGGAUUGUCUGAAUCAACAUUCAGUGCAGUGACAGAAUCCAACGCUGGAACAGCUACAUCAACAUUGAGUGGAGCAAAUGAAUCGAACACAGCAACAGGUGAACCAACAUCCAGUACAGCAACAGGACCCAACACGGUUACAGCUCAAUCAACAUUGAGUACAUCAACUGAAUCAGCCACACAAACAACUGAAUCUGCAAUCAGUGGAGCAACCGAUACAAGCACAGGACUGGCUGAGUCAACAUUCAGUGCAACAACAGAAUCAAUGUCCAGUUUAUCAACGGAAUUUAUAUCUAGUGCAGCAACUGAAUCCAUCUCCAGUGCUGCAACUGAAUCAAUGUCCAGUGCAGCAACUGAAACUACCUCCCGUGCAGCAACUGAAUCAAUAUCAAGUGCAGCAACUGAGUCCAUCUCCAGUGCAGAAACUGAAUCUAUACCUAGUGCAGAAACUGAAUCUAUCUCCAGUGCAGCAACUGAAUCUAUAUCCAGUGCAGCAAUUGAAUCUAUAUCCAGUGCAACAACUGAAUCUAUCUCCAGUGCUACAGCUGAAUCCAUAACCAGUGCAACAACUGAGUCCCUAGCCAAUCCAACAACAGAAUCAAUAUCCAGUGCAUCAACUGAAUUGAUGUCCAGUGCAACAGCUGAAUUUAUGUCAAGUGCGAUGACAGAAACAUUAUCCAGUGCAACAAGUGAAUCAAGCCCUGUGACGGCUGAUGCAGCAUCCAGUCCAACAAGUGAAACAAACACGGAAACAGCAACAGCCGCAACCAGUGCAGCAACUGAAUCGAUAACAGGAACAGCUGAAUCCACAUCCAGUGCAAUGACUGAAUCAAACACAGGGACUGGAUUUGCAACCAGUGCUACAACAGAAUCGAACACUGGAACAACUGAUUCCCCAUUGAGUGCAGCAACAGAAUCAAACACUGAAAUGACAAACAGUACAACAACAGAACCUGACACAGGAACAACAGAAUCAACAGCAAAUACAAUGACUGAAUCAAACACAGUAACAACUGAACUAACAUCCAGUGCAACACCAGGAGCCAACACAGAAACAGCUCAAUCAACAUUGAGUACAUCAGCUGAAUCAGACACACAAGCAAAUGAAUCUACAACAAGUGAAACAACAAAGUCCAACACAGGACAGGCUGAGUCUACAUCCAGUGCAACAAGUCAAUCAAACACUGCAACAACAGAACUAACAACAGAGGCAACGUCAGAAACAAACACUGGAACAAUUACAUCCACAUCCAGUGUGACAAGUGAUUCAAACACAGCAACAACAGAUUCAAUAUCCAAUACAGCAACACAACCAACAUUCAGUGUGACAACAGAACCCGACACAGCAACAACAGAAUUGACAACCAGUACAACAACUGAAUCAAACACAGGAACAGGUGAAACAACAUCCAGUGCGACAACUGAAACCAACACGGGAACAACUGUAUCAAUGUAUCCAACAAAUCUAUCAAACACAGCAACAACUCAAUCAGUUUCCAGUAGCACUACUGCAUUAAACACAGCAACAGGUGAAUUGACAAACAGUAUGACAACAGAACCCAACACUGCAACAACAGAAUCAACAACUGGUACAACAGCUGAAUCAAACACAGGAACAAGUGAACCAACAUCCAGUGCAACAGCUGAAACCAAUGCAGGAACAUCUGAAUUGAUAUCCAGUGGAACAACAGAAUUAAUACCCAGUGCAACAUCAGAAUUAACAUCCAGUGUAACGAAUGCAUUAAACACAGAAACAGCUGAAUCGACAAACAGUGAGACAACAGAACGCAACACAGCAACAACAGAAUCAAUUUCCAUUUCAACUGCUGCGUCAAACACAGAAAUAUUGGAAUCAACAUCCAGUGCAACAAGUGAAAUAAAAACUGUGACAACACAACUAACAACAAGGGCAACUUCCGAAACAAACACUGGAAACAUUACAUCAACAUCCAGUGUGACAACGGAAUCCAGCACAGUAACAAAUGAAUCAACAUCUAGUGCAGCAACAGAGUAUGCAUCCGGUGCAACAAUAGAAACAAUCACAGGUACAUCACAAUCACCAUCCAGUGCAACAAGUGAAUCAGACACGGCGACAACACAAUUAACAACAAGCGUAACUUCUAAAGUAAACACUGGAACAGCUGAAUCGACAAACAGUGCGACAACAGAACCCAACACAGCAACAACCGGUAAGACAGAAUCAAACACAGGAACAGAUGAAUCAACAUCCAGUGCAACUGCUGAAACCAAUGCAGGAACAACCAAAUUGGUAUCCAGUGGAACGACAGAAUCAAUGCCCAGUGCAACACCAGAAUUAACAUCCAGUGUAACGAUUGCAUUAAACACAGAAACAGCUGAAACGACAAACACUGAGACAACAGAACCCAACACAGCAACAACAGAAUCAAUUUCCAGUUCAACUGCUGCGUCUAACACAGAAAUAUUGGAAUCAACAUCCAGUGGAACAAGUGAAUCAAACACUGAGACAACACAGCUAACAACAAGGGCAACUCCUGAAAUAAACACUGGAACAGUUACAUCAACAUCCAAUGCAACAACUGAAUCAAAUACAGUAACAACUGAAUCAAAUUCUAAUGCAACUAUAGCAUUAAACACAGUAACAGCUGAAUCGACAAACAGUGUGACAGCGGAACCCAACACAGGAACAGCAUCGACAACCGGUACAACAACUGAAUCAAACACAGGAACAGGCGAACCAACAUCCAGUGCAACAGUUGAAACCAGUACAGGAAUAUUGGAAUCAGCAUCCAGUGCAACUGCUGUAUCAAACACUGCAACAACAGAACUAUUACCAAGGGCAACUUCUGAAACAAACACAGGAACAGCUACAUCAACAUCCAGAGUGACAACUGAAUCAAUAUCCAGUGCAAUUACAGCUUUAACUACAGGAACAGCUGAAUCGACAGUCAGUGCGACAACAGAACCCAACACGGCAACAACAGAAUCGACGACCAGUGCAACAGCUGAAACCAACACGGGAACAACUGUAUCAAUAUCUGGUACAACAUCUGAAUCAAACACAGGAGCAACUGAAUCAACAUCCAGUGCGACAAGUGAAUCAAACACUGCAACAGCAGAACUAACAACAGAGGCAACUUCAGAAACAAACACUGGAACAGUUACAUCCACAUCCAGUGUGACAAGUGAUUCAAACACAGCUACAACAGAUUCAAUAUCCAAUACAGCAACACAACCAACAUUCAGUGUGACAACAGAACCCGACACAGCAACAACAGAAUUGACAACCAGUACAACAACUGAAUCAAACACAGGAACAGGUGAAACAACAUCCAGUGCGACAACUGAAACCAACACGGGAACAACUGCAUCAAUGUCCAGCCCAACAAUUCAAUCAAACACAGCAACAACUCAAUCAGUUUCCAGUGACACUACUGCAUUAAACACAGCAACAGGUGAAUUGACAAACAGUAUGACAACAGAACCCAACACUGCAACAACAGAAUCAACAACUGGUACAACAGCUGAAUCAAACACAGGAACAAGUGAACCAACAUCCAGUGCAACAGCUGAAACCAAUGCAGGAACAUCUGAAUUGAUAUCCAGUGGAACAACAGAAUCAAUACCCAGCGCAACAUCAGAAUUAACAUCCAGUGUAACAAAUGCAUUAAACACAGAAACAGCUGAAUCGACAAACAGUGAGACAACAGAACCCAACACAGCGACAACAGAAUCAAUUUCCAGUUCAACUGCUGCGUCAAACACAGAAAUAUUGGAAUCAACAUCCAGUGCAACAAGUGAAAUAAACACUGUGACGACACAACUAACAACAAGGGCAACUUCCGAAACAAACACUGGAAACAUUACAUCAACAUCCAGUGUGACAACGGAAUCCAGCACAGCAACAAAUGAAUCAACAUCUAGUGCAGCAACAGAGUAUGCAUCCAGUGCAACAAUAGAAACAAUCACAGGCUCAUCACAAUCACCAUCCAGUGCAACAAGUGAAUCAGACACAGCGACAACACAAUUAACAACAAGGGCAACUUCCGAAACAAACACUGGAAACAUUACAUCAACAUCCAGUGUGACAACGGAAUCCAGCACAGUAACAAAUGAAUCAACAUCUAGUGCAGCAACAGAGUAUGCAUCCGGUGCAACAAUAGAAACAAUCACAGGUACAUCACAAUCACCAUCCAGUGCAACAAGUGAAUCAGACACGGCGACAACACAAUUAACAACAAGCGUAACUUCUAAAGUAAACACUGGAACAGCUGAAUCGACAAACAGUGCGACAACAGAACCCAACACAGCAACAACCGGUAAGACAGAAUCAAACACAGGAACAGAUGAAUCAACAUCCAGUGCAACUGCUGAAACCAAUGCAGGAACAACCAAAUUGGUAUCCAGUGGAACGACAGAAUCAAUGCCCAGUGCAACACCAGAAUUAACAUCCAGUGUAACGAUUGCAUUAAACACAGAAACAGCUGAAACGACAAACACUGAGACAACAGAACCCAACACAGCAACAACAGAAUCAAUUUCCAGUUCAACUGCUGCGUCUAACACAGAAAUAUUGGAAUCAACAUCCAGUGGAACAAGUGAAUCAAACACUGAGACAACACAACUAUCAACAAUGGCAACUUCUGAAAUAAACACUGGGACAGUUACAUCAACAUCCAAUGCAACAACUGAAUCAAAUACAGUAACAACUGAAUCAAAUUCUAAUGCAACUACAGCAUUAAACACAGUAACAGCUGAAUCGACAAACAGUGUGCCAGCGGAACCCAACACAGGAACAGCAUCGACAACCGGUACAACAACUGAAUCAAACACAGGAACAGGCGAACCAACAUCCAGUGCAACAGUUGAAACCAGUACAGGAAUAUUGGAAUCAGCAUCCAGUGCAACUGCUGUAUCAAACACUGCAACAACAGAACUAACACCCAGGGCAACUUCUGAAACAAACACAGGAACAGCUACAUCAACAUCCAGAGUGACAACUGAAUCAAUAUCCAGUGCAAUUACAGCUUUAAUUACAGGAACAGCUGCAUCGACAGUCAGUGCGACAACAGAACCCAACACAGCAACAACAGAAUCGACGACUGGUACAACGACUGAAUCCAACACAGGAACAGGUGAACCAACAUCCAGUGCAACAGCUGAAACCGACACGGGAACAACUGUAUCAAUAUCUGGUACAACAUCCGAAUCAAACACAGGAGCAACUGAAUCAACAUCCAGUGCGACAAGUGAAUCAAACACUGCAACAACAGAACUAACAACAGAGGCAACUUCAGAAACAAACACUGGAACAGUUACAUCCACAUCCAGUGUGACAAGUGAUUCAAACACAGCUACAACAGAUUCAAUAUCCAAUACAGCAACACAAACAACAUUCAGUGUGACAACAGAACCCGACACAGCAACAACAGAAUUGACAACCAGUACAACAACUGAAUCAAACACAGGAACAGGUGAAACAACAUCCAGUGCGACAACUGAAACCAACACGGGAACAACUGCAUCAAUGUCCAGCCCAACAAUUCAAUCAAACACAGCAACAACUCAAUCAGUUUCCAGUAGCACUACUGCAUUAAACACAGCAACAGGUGAAUUGACAAACAGUAUGACAACAGAACCCAACACUGCAACAACAGAAUCAACAACUGGUACAACAGCUGAAUCAAACACAGGAACAAGUGAACCAACAUCCAGUGCAACAGCUGAAACCAAUGCAGGAACAUCUGAAUUGAUAUCCAGUGGAACAACAGAAUCAAUACCCAGCGCAACAUCAGAAUUAACAUCCAGUGUAACAAAUGCAUUAAACACAGAAACAGCUGAAUCGACAAACAGUGAGACAACAGAACCCAACACAGCAACAACAGAAUCAAUUUCCAGUUCAACUGCUGCGUCAAACACAGAAAUAUUGGAAUCAACAUCCAGUGCAACAAGUGAAAUAAACACUGUGACGACACAACUAACAACAAGGGCAAUUUCCGAAACAAACACUGGAAACAUUACAUCAACAUCCAGUGUGACAACGGAAUCCAGCACAGCAACAAAUGAAUCAACAUCUAGUGCAGCAACAGAGUAUGCAUCCAGUGCAACAAUAGAAACAAUCACAGGCUCAUCACAAUCACCAUCCAGUGCAACAAGUGAAUCAGACACAGCGACAACACAAUUAACAACAAGGGCAACUUCCGAAACAAACACUGGAAACAUUACAUCAACAUCCAGUGUGACAACGGAAUCCAGCACAGUAACAAAUGAAUCAACAUCUAGUGCAGCAACAGAGUAUGCAUCCGGUGCAACAAUAGAAACAAUCACAGACUCAUCACAAUCACCAUCCAGUGCAACAAGUGAAUCAGACACAGCGACAACACAAUUAACAACAAGCGUAACUUCUAAAGUAAACACUGGAACAGCUGAAUCGACAAACAGUGCGACAACAGAACCAAACACAGCAACAACCGGUACGACAGAAUCAAACACAGGAACAGAUGAAUCAACAUCCAGUGCAACUGCUGAAACCAAUGCAGGAACAACCAAAUUGGUAUCCAGUGGAACAACGGAAUCAAUGCCCAGUGCAACACCAGAAUUAACAUCCAGUGUAACAACUGCAUUAAACACAGAAACAGCUGAAACGACAAACACUGAGACAACAGAACCCAACACAGCAACAACAGAAUCAAUUUCCAGUUCAACUGCUGCGUCUAACACAGAAAUAUUGGAAUCAACAUCCAGUGGAACAAGUGAAUCAAACACUGAGACAACACAACUAUCAACAAUGGCAACUUCUGAAAUAAACACUGGGACAGUUACAUCAACAUCCAAUGCAACAACUGAAUCAAAUACAGUAACAACUGAAUCAAAUUCUAAUGCAACUACAGCAUUAAACACAGUAACAGCUGAAUCGACAAACAGUGUGCCAGCGGAACCCAACACAGGAACAGCAUCGACAACCGGUACAACAACUGAAUCAAACACAGGAACAGGCGAACCAACAUCCAGUGCAACAGUUGAAACCAGUACAGGAAUAUUGGAAUCAGCAUCCAGUGCAACUGCUGUAUCAAACACUGCAACAACAGAACUAACACCAAGGGCAACUUCUGAAACAAACACAGGAACAGCUACAUCAACAUCCAGAGUGACAACUGAAUCAAUAUCCAGUGCAAUUACAGCUUUAAUUACAGGAACAGCUGCAUCGACAGUCAGUGCGACAACAGAACCCAACACAGCAACAACAGAAUCGACGACUGGUACAACGACUGAAUCCAACACAGGAACAGGUGAACCAACAUCCAGUGCAACAGCUGAAACCAACACGGGAACAACUGUAUCAAUAUCUGGUACAACAUCUGAAUCAAACACAGGAGCAACUGAAUCAACAUCCAGUGCGACAAGUGAAUCAAACACUGCAACAACAGAACUAACAACAGAGGCAACUUCAGAAACAAACACUGGAACAGUUACAUCCACAUCCAGUGUGACAAGUGAUUCAAACACAGCUACAACAGAUUCAAUAUCCAAUACAGCAACACAAACAACAUUCAGUGUGACAACAGAACCCGACACAGCAACAACAGAAUUGACAACCAGUACAACAACUGAAUCAAACACAGGAACAGGUGAAACAACAUCCAGUGCGACAACUGAAACCAACACGGGAACAACUGCAUCAAUGUCCAGCCCAACAAUUCAAUCAAACACAGCAACAACUCAAUCAGUUUCCAGUGACACUACUGCAUUAAACACAGCAACAGGUGAAUUGACAAACAGUAUGACAACAGAACCCAACACUGCAACAACAGAAUCAACAACUGGUACAACAGCUGAAUCAAACACAGGAACAAGUGAACCAACAUCCAGUGCAACAGCUGAAACCAAUGCAGGAACAUCUGAAUUGAUAUCCAGUGGAACAACAGAAUCAAUACCCAGCGCAACAUCAGAAUUAACAUCCAGUGUAACGAAUGCAUUGAACACAGAAACAGCUGAAUCGACAAACAGUGAGACAACAGAACCCAACACAGUGACAACAGAAUCAAUUUCCAGUUCAACUGCUGCGUCAAACACAGAAAUAUUGGAAUCAACAUCCAGUGCAACAAGUGAAAUAAACACUGUGACGACACAACUAACAACAAGGGCAACUUCCGAAACAAACACUGGAAACAUUACAUCAACAUCCAGUGUGACAACGGAAUCCAGCACAGUAACAAAUGAAUCAACAUCUAGUGCAGCAACAGAGUAUGCAUCCAGUGCAACAAUAGAAACAAUCACAGGCUCAUCACAAUCACCAUCCAGUGCAACAAGUGUAACGAAUGCAUUAACCACAGAAACAGCUGAAUCGACAAACAGUGCGACAACAGAACCCAACACAGCAACAACCGGUACGACAGAAUCAAACACAGGAACAGAUGAAUCAACAUCCAGUGCAACUGCUGAAACCAAUGCAGCAACAACCAAAUUGGUAUCCAGUGGAACAACAGAAUCAAUGCCCAGUGCAACAGCAGAAUCAACAUCCAGUGCAACGACUGCAUUAAACACAGAAACAGCUGAAACGACAAACACUGAGACAACAGAACCCAACACAGCAACAACAGAAUCAAUUUCCAGUUCAACUGCUGCGUCUAACACAGAAAUAUUGGAAUCAACAUCCAGUGGAACAAGUGAAUCAAACACUGAGACAACACAACUUACAACAAGGGCAACUUCUGAAACAAACUGGGCAACAGUUACAUCAACAUCCAAUGCAGCAACUGAAUCAAAUACAGUAACAACUGAAUCAAAUUCUAAUGCAACUACUGCAUUAAACACAGCAACAGGUGAAUUGACAAACAGUAUGACAACAGAACACAUCACUGCAACUUCAGAAUCAACAACUGGCACAACAGCCAAAUCAAACACAGGAACAGGUGAACCAACGUCCAGUGCAACUGUUGGAACCAAUGCAGGAACAACUGAGUCGAUAUCCAGUGGAACAACAGAAUCAAUACCCAGUGCAACACCAGAAUCAUCAUCCAGUGCAACGACUGCAUUAAACACAGUAACAGCUGAAUCGACAAACAGUGUGCCAGUGGAACCCAACACAGGAACAGCAUCGACAACUGGUACAACAACUGAAUCAAACACAGGAACAGGCGAACCAAUAUCCAGUGCAACAGUUGAAACCAAUACGGGAAUAUUGGAAUCCACAUCCAGUGCAACAAGUGAAUCAAACACUGCAACAACAGAACUAACACCAAGGGCAACUUCUGAAACAAACACAGGAACAGCUACAUCAACAUCCAGAGUGACAACUGAAUCAAUAUCCAGUGCAAUUACAGCUUUAAUUACAGGAACAGCUGCAUCGACAGUCAGUGCGACAACAGAACCCAACACAGCAACAACAGAAUCGACGACCGGUACAACGACUGAAUCCAACACAGGAACAGGUGAACCAACAUCCAGUGCAACAGCUGAAACCAACACGGGAACAACUGUAUCAAUAUCUGGUACAACAUCUGAAUCAAGCACAGGGGCAACUGAAUCAACAUCCAGUGCGACAAGUGAAUCAAACACUGCAACAACAGAACUAACAACAGAGGCAACUUCAGAAACAAACACUGGAACAGUUACAUCCACAUCCAGUGUAACAAGUGAUUCAAACACAGCUACAACAGAUUCAAUAUCCAAUACAGCAACACAACCAACAUUCAGUGUGACAACAGAACCCGACACAGCAACAACAGAAUUGACAACCAGUACAACAACUGAAUCAAACACAGGAACAGGUGAACCAACAUCCAGUGCAACAGUUGAAAACAGUACAAGAAUAUUGGAAUCAGCAUCCAGUGCAACUGCUGUAUCAAACACUGCAACAACAGAACUAACACCAAGGGCAACUUCUGAAACAAACACAGGAACAGCUACAUCAACAUCCAGAGUGACAACUGAAUCAGUAUCCAGUGCAAUUACAGCUUUAAUUACAGGAACAGCUGCAUCGACAGUCAGUGCGACAACAGAACCCAACACUGCAACAACAGAAUCGACGACCGGUACAACAUCUGAAUCAAACACAGGAGCAACUGAAUCAACAUCCAAUGCGACAAGUGAAUCAAACACUGCAACAACAGAACUAACAACAGGGGCAACUUCAGAAACAAACACUGGAACAGUUACAUCCACAUCCAGUGUGACAAGUGAUUCAAACACAGCUACAACAGAUUCAAUAUCCAAUACAGCAACACAACCAACAUUCAGUGUGACAACAGAACCCGACACAGCAACAACAGAAUUGACAACCAGUACAACAACUGAAUCAAAUACAGGAACAGGUGAAACAACAUCCAGUGCGACAACUGAAACCAACACGGGAACAACUGUAUCAAUGUCCAGCCCAACAAUUCAAUCAAACACAGCAACAACUCAAUCAGAUUCCAGUAGCACUUCUGCAUUAAACACAGCAACAGGUGAAUUGACAAACAGUAUGACAACAGAACCCAACACUGCAACAACAGAAUCAACAACUGGUACAACAGCUGAAUCAAACACAGGAACAAGUGAACCAACAUCCAGUGCAACAGCUGAAACCAAUGCAGGAACAUCUGAAUUGAUAUCCAGUGGAACAAAAGUAUCAAUACCCAGCGCAACAUCAGAAUUAACAUCCAGUGUAACGAAUGCAUUAACCACAGAAACAGCUGAAUCGACAAACAGUGCGACAACAGAACCCAACACAGCAACAACCGGUACGACAGAAUCAAACACAGGAACAGAUGAAUCAACAUCCAGUGCAACUGCUGAAACCAAUGCAGCAACAACCAAAUUGGUAUCCAGUGGAACAACAGAAUCAAUGCCCAGUGCAACAGCAGAAUCAACAUCCAGUGCAACGACUGCAUUAAACACAGAAACAGCUGAAACGACAAACACUGAGACAACAGAACCCAACACAGCAACAACAGAAUCAAUUUCCAGUUCAACUGCUGCGUCUAACACAGAAAUAUUGGAAUCAACAUCCAGUGGAACAAGUGAAUCAAACACUGAGACAACACAACUUACAACAAGGGCAACUUCUGAAACAAACACUGGUACAGUUACAUCAACAUCCAAUGCAGCAACUGAAUCAAAUACAGUAACAACUGAAUCAAAUUCUAAUGCAACUACUGCAUUAAACACAGCAACAGGUGAAUUGACAAACAGUAUGACAACAGAACACAUCACUGCAACUUCAGAAUCAACAACUGGCACAACAGCCAAAUCAAACACAGGAACAGGUGAACCAACGUCCAGUGCAACUGUUGAAACCAAUGCAGGAACAACUGAGUCGAUAUCCAGUGGAACAACAGAAUCAAUACCCAGUGCAACACCAGAAUCAUCAUCCAGUGCAACGACUGCAUUAAACACAGUAACAGCUGAAUCGACAAACAGUGUGCCAGUGGAACCCAACACAGGAACAGCAUCGACAACUGGUACAACAACUGAAUCAAACACAGGAACAGGCGAACCAAUAUCCAGUGCAACAGUUGAAACCAAUACGGGAAUAUUGGAAUCCACAUCCAGUGCAACAAGUGAAUCAAACACUGCAACAACAGAACUAACACCAAGGGCAACUUCUGAAACAAACACAGGAACAGCUACAUCAACAUCCAGAGUGACAACUGAAUCAAUAUCCAGUGCAAUUACAGCUUUAAUUACAGGAACAGCUGCAUCGACAGCCAGUGCGACAACAGAACCCAACACAGCAACAACAGAAUCGACGACCGGUACAACGACUGAAUCCAACACAGGAACAGGUGAACCAACAUCCAGUGCAACAGCUGAAACCGACACGGGAACAACUGUGUCAAUAUCUGGUACAACAUCUGAAUCAAGCACAGGGGCAACUGAAUCAACAUCCAGUGCGACAAGUGAAUCAAACACUGCAACAACAGAACUAACAACAGAGGCAACUUCAGAAACAAACACUGGAACAGUUACAUCCACAUCCAGUGUAACAAGUGAUUCAAACACAGCUACAACAGAUUCAAUAUCCAAUACAGCAACACAACCAACAUUCAGUGUGACAACAGAACCCGACACAGCAACAACAGAAUUGACAACCAGUACAACAACUGAAUCAAACACAGGAACAGGUGAAACAACAUCCAGUACGACAACUGAAACCAACACGGGAACAACUGUAUCAAUGUCCAGCCCAACAAUUCAAUCAAACACAGCAACAACCGAACCAACUCCAAGGGCAACAUCUGAAACAAACACUGGAACAGCUGAGUCAACAAACAGUGCGACAACAGAACCCAUCACAGCAACAACAGAAUCGGCGACCAGUUCAACAACUGAAUCAAACACAGGAGCAACUGAAUCAGCAUCCAGUGCAACAAGUGAAUCAAACACUGCAACAACAGAACUAACAACAAAGGCAACUUCUGAAACAAACACUGGAACAGUUACUUCCACAUCCAGUGUGACAAUGGGUUCAAACACAGCACCAACAGAUACAAUAUCCAAUACUGCAACACAACCAACAUUCAAUGUGACAACUGAAACAAUAUCCAGUGCAAUUACAGCUUUAAACACAGGAACAGCUGCAUCGACAGUCAGUGCGACAACAGAAACCAACACAGCAACAACAGAAUCGACGACUGGUAUAACGACUGAAUCAAACACUGGAACAGGUGAACCAACAUCCAGUGCAACAACUGAAACCAACACGGGAACAACUGUAUCAAUGUCCAGCCCAACAAUUCUAUCAAACACAGCAACAACUCAAUCAUUUUCCAGUGGCACUACUGCAUUAAACACAGCAACAGGUGACUUGACAAACAGUAUGACAACAGAACACAUCACUGCAACUUCAGAAUCAACAACUGGCACAACAGCCGAAUCAAACACAGGAACAGGUGAACCAACGUCCAGUGCAACUGUUGAAACCAAUGCAGGAACAACUGAGUCGAUAUCCAGUGAAACAACAGAAUCAAUACCCAGUGCAACACCAGAAUCACCAUCCAGUGCAACGACUGCAUUAAACACAGUAACAGCUGAAUCGACAAACAGUGUGACAGCGGAACCCAACACAGGAACAGCUUCGACAACCGGUACAACAACUGAAUCAAACACAGGAACAGGCGAACCUAUAUCCAGUGCAACAGUUGAAACCAAUACGGGAAUAUCGGAAUCCACAUCCAGUGCAACAAGUGAAUCAAACACUGCAACAACAGAACUAACACCAAGGGCAACUUCUGAAACAAACACUGAAACAGUCACAUCAACAUCCAAUACAACAACUGAAUCAAAUACAGUAACAACUGAAUCAAUUUCCAGUGCAACGACAGCAUUAAACAUAGUAACAGGUGAAUCGACAAACAGUGUGACAACAGAACCCAAUACAGAAACAGCAUUGACAACUGUUACAAUUACUGAAUCAAACACAGGAACAGGAGAACCAAUAUCCAGUGCAACAGUUGAAACCAAUACAGGAAAUUCAAAAUCAACAUCCAGUGCAACAAGUAAAUCAUACACUGCAACAACAGAACUAACAACAAAGGCAACUUCUGAAACAAACACUGGAACUGUUGCAUCCACAUCCAGUGUGACAACAAAUUCAAGCACAGCAACAACAGAUUCUAUGUCCAAUACAGCAACAAGAUCAACAAACAGUGUGGCAACUGAACCAAACACAGGAACAGGUGAACCAACGUCCAGUGUCACCACAGAAACCAAUGCGGGAACAACCAAAUUGAUAUCCAGUGGAACAACAGAAUCAAUACCCAGUGCAACAGCAGAAUCAACGCCCAGUGUAACUACUGCAUUAAACACAGAAACAGCUGAUGCCACAAACAAUGUGACACCAGAAUUGAAUACAGCAACAACAGAAUCGAUUUCCAGAUCAACUGCUGCAUCAAACACAGAAAGAUUGGAGUCAACAUCCAGUGCAACAAGUGAAUUAAAACCUGCAACAACUGAACUAACAACAAGGGCAACAUCGGAAAAAAACACUGGAACAGCUACAUCCACAUCCAGUGUGACAACGGAAUUCAGUACAGUAACAAAUGAAUCAACUGCUAGUGCAGCAACGAAAACUGCAUCCAAUGCAACAACAGAAUCAACAUCCAGUGCAACUACUGCAUUAAACACAGGAACAGGUGCAUCGACAAACAGUGCGACAACAGAAUCCAACACAGCAACAACAAAAUUAACAAUGGCUACAGCUACUGAAGCAAACACAGGAACAUCAGAAUCAACAUCAGGUACAACAAGUGAAUCAAACACUGCAACAAGAGAACUGACAACAAGGGCAACUUCUGACACAAACACUGGAACAGUUACAUCAACAUCCAGUGUGACAACUGAAUCAAGCACAGCAACAACAGAAUCCGCAUUCAGUGCAAUGACUGAAUCAAACACAGGAUCAACUGAAUUGGCUACCAGUGAAACAACAAAAUCAAAUGCAGGGACAGUUGAACUAACAUCCAGUGCAACUACCAACACUGGAACAGCUGAAGUAAUACCCACUGAAUCAACCAGAGAAACAGCUACAUCCAAACUGAGUGCAACAACUGAAUCAGUAACAGGAACAGUUGAAUCAACGUCCAGUGCAAUAAGUGAAAUAAACACUGCAAUAACUGAAUCAAUAUCCAGUAUAACUAUGGAAUUAAACACAGGAACAGCUAUAUCAAUUUCCAGUACCACAACUAAAUCCAACACUGGGGCAGCUCAAUCAACAGUGAUACCAGUAACUGAAUCAAAUACAGGAACGACUGUAGCAACAUCCAGUGCAACAUCUGAAUCAAACACAGGAACAGGUCAAUCAUCGAUUAACUCAAGCACUGGAACAACAGAAUCAACAUCCAGUGCAAGUACUGAAGCAAGCACAGCAACGGAUGUGCCAAUAUCCAGUGCUACUACAAAACCCAACACAGGGGCAGCUGAAUCGACACCCAGUGCAACGAGUGAAUCAAACACAGUGACAGUUGCAUUGACAUCCAGCGUGACAACUGAAACGAACACAGAAACAUCAGAAUCCACAUCCAUUGCGACAGUCCAGUCAAACACAGAAACAACUGUAGCAAACUCCAGUGCAACAACUGAAUCAAGCAUUGGAACAGCGGUAUCAUCAUCCGGUGCAACGACUGAAUCAAUUGCAGGAACAACCACUAGUCCUACAACAACUAUCCUCUCCAGCAUGAGCAGUUCUACAGCAAAUACCAGCACCAUCAGUCCCACAGCCACCAGCAUCAACAGUCCUACUACAACCACCAGUACCAUCAGUCCGACAACCCUCGCCAGUACCACCAAUCCUACAACCGCCAGAAUUAUCAGUCCUACAAUGAACACCAGCAUCAGUAAUAAUACAACAACCACCGUCACCAACAGUUCUACCACAACCAACGUCACUAGCAGUCCGACAGCCACCUCCAUCAUCAGCAGUCCUACAACAAUCACUAGUGUCACCAGUACUGCAGCAACCACCAGCACCACUAGUCCUACAACAACUAUCAUCAUCAACACCACCAGUCCCACUACAAACACCAGUACUAUGAGUACCAUAACUACCACCAGUACCACUGGUCCUACAACCACCACCAUGAGCAGUCCCACAACAACCACCACCACCACCACCACCAGUCUGACACAGAUGACUGGUACCACCAGUGUUGCAGCAGCUACCAUGACCACCAAUCCUACAACGAUCACUAGUACCAUCAGUACUACAGCAGUGACCACUGCUCCCAACUCUGCAACAUUCACCACCAGUCCGGCAAUGAUGACUAAUACCGCCAAUACUACAGCAGUGACCACUGCUCUCAACUCUGCACCAUUCACCACCAGUCCGGCAAUGAUCACUAAUACCACCAAUACUACAGCAGUGACCACUAUUACCAGCCCUACAACAUCCUCCACCAGUCCUCCAACAAUCACUAGCACCACCAGCACUACAGCAGCCACCACUACCACCACUACCACCAGACCGACAACAACAACCACAACCACUGCUCCCACCACCACAAACAGUGCUAGUAUAUGCGUGCCACUGGAGAUCUUUCACAUUGUUCCCAUUGAUGUGAAAAGUCAAUCAAUUCGUGUUGGCUUGGACACAAACAAUGCAUCUAAGCAGGCCAAAUAUACUUUCAGUAUAAAGAAGGACAAUGAAAUUGUGCAAACUGUUUCAACUGGGCAAAGCACAAUUGAGUUUAACUCUCUUGAAGUGUCGAUUAACUAUGUGAUUUGUGUAUCGACAUCAACUUGUGGUGAAAAGUCUACAGUUUCACAGAAUUUCAGGACAGCUGGCAGAGUAUUGGAAGGGACAACGAGAAUAACAAAUCAAAUCUAUGUGGAGGCAUUUCAAAACAAAACCAGCAAGGAAUUCAAAGAAUUUUCCAAUAACUUCACUCAAGACCUGAAAAAUCAUCUUCCUCCAGAUAUUCAGAAUUCUGUGAAAAAUGGAGAAACGAGAUUGACUAUUAAUAGUAUUAAAGAAGGGAGCGUGAUUGUAAAUUUUACAUUUGCAGUUUCAACUAAUGUGACAGUCAGUACGACAGAAAUCCAAACAGCAAUUGUUGAAUCCUUAAACAGUAGUCAACAGUUUGAGAUAGAUCUUCAAAGGACAAGCAUUACGGUGGUAGACAGCUGUCAGGCUGGGCUGGAUGAUUGUUCAGGUGAUGGGACUUGUAUCACGCUCAAUGAAUCUUACACCUGCCGGUGCAAUGCUGGGUUCUCCGAUCUAAGUCCCAAUGUUCCAGGACGAGUGUGUGAAGAUAUUGAUGAGUGUCUGACAGGAAACAAUGAGUGCUCUGAUUUUGCUCUCUGUACAAACAACCCCGGCAAUUUCUCGUGCCGCUGUUUCGAGGGGAUCAACGAUACUAAUCCUGCAAACCCAGGGACAAACUGCUCAGAUCCAAAUAGCUGUUUCACCAGUGAUGAUAACUGUGCUGUGUUUAAAUGUCUUAUGAUGAAAGCCGACUGUCCCUCAAAUAAAUUAUUCAAGGGGAGAAUAACAUUAAAUUCCAAAACAUUCACCAAUGACUUAAAGAAUCCUGCAAGUGAAGCUUCCAGGAAUUUAUCAAACGAAAUUAGAACUGCAGUUGUUCCAACUCUACAAAUAAAACUGAAUGAUAAUAGCUUCAACAUCACCAUCGGUGGGUUCCAGAAUGGUAGUGUGAUUGUGCAACUCUUGAUUUUCCUGAACAUAAACUCAACGGUCACUGCUAACAGCUUGCAAACGGCUAUCAGUGAAGCAAUUAAAAAGAUUGACAAUCAAAGCACCGUGAACAUAACAGAUGCAGUGGAUAUAAUAACAGCAGCUCCCACUCAGACAAUCUCCACAACAAAGAUUCCACCAGGAAGCAAUGGAUUCAAAGUGGCUGCGAUAGUGUUGGGAGUUAUAGCGGGUGUGGCAGUCUUGAUCAUCAUAGCAAUGUCCGUUGCAAUGAUCUGCAUUAAGAAAAGAACUGGACAGUAUUCCGUCCAUGCAUCAAACAUCCUCCAGAAGUUCAGUUAUUCCAACAUUUAGUUUGUUGCAUAAAAUGGAACUGUGAUCACUUUAUUUUGCAAUGAUUUACGUGGGUUUUUGGAACAAAUAUUUUUGCAUAAUGGAAGAAUUUUAAAAAAUGGAAAGGGAAGGUGGAUUCAUUAUAGUGUUUGCAGUCUGGCACUUUUUUUUGUCAAUUUCUCUGCAAAUUGGACACUAAAUGUCACUAAUUAAUAAGUGAUUCUGGUCCCUCUAAGCUCGGAACACAGCUACCAUUGAUCUUUUCCACCUCUUUUUUCCUUUAAGAUAUUUAUUCGCAUCUACCUCUUUAGCCAUGUUUUGGUCAACUGCCCUCUUGUGCAUUAAUGUGACUCUAUGCCAAAUAUUUGAUGUUUGACACUCCUUUGAUGCAGCUGGGAUUCUUUUGUUACACCUGUGGUACAAUGAAAAUACAACCAAUUAUAGUCACAAACAUUAUCCUACAAUUCCUGACAUGCUAUCUGUUGAAAUUAAUAACAUUUAGAUUAAGGUCCAAAAGUUUGCCGUACACCUUAUAACCAAUUCCCGUGUGCAGAGAAAAUCUCACGGACUCAGAUUCCCCAUUUCUUGCGUUUUGCUAUUUCAUGAGAACUUUGCUCACUACAGAAAUGAACAAAGAAAAAGCAUGCAGUUAUUUUGAACCUAUUGAAACCUCAGAUGCUGUGGUAGCGUUCACAUGUAUGGAAAUUGAGUGCACAAUCAGCACCUAAGGCUCAACGGGAAUGCAAUGAUGACCAUGUAGGCUUUCUUUUACUGAUGCUGUUUUUUAAAUACACAUCAGGUCAGGUAGGGCCUAAAUUCUAUCUCUGAUCCAUCUGUAAUGUCUUAUCUUAGGAGUGCCCUUAAAUUAAAUAUUGCAGGGUCUGGAAUGGCACUUUAAAUAUACAAUCUUCUAUGCUGCAGACCAAAGCAAGGCAGACACUGUACAAUAUUUAAUUUAAGGACACUCCCAAGAAAGGACAUUGCAGAUGGGUAUGACAUUAAAUUUAGGCUCUAUCUGCCUUCUAGUGUGUAGUCUAACGUUGCACACACUCCUGAAAAGGUUCUUCAAAAGAAAAGUCUUGAAGCAUGAUGUUUCUGCUAAUUCCCUACUGUCCUGAAACGUUUGAGGAUUGAUUUUAGGCCUGGUGUCUAUGAAUGAACAGUAUGCGGAAACUAUAUCUGAGGGCAUUCACUUUCUAUCCGAAAGCCUUGACAUCUGCAAAAAAACGUAAUAUAUCCAACUGUAUUUUGGCAUGAUUUCUGGGACAGAUGAAGGACAAAAUAAACUUCAAGGUUUUAAGUCUCCGAAAACCAAAAAGCCUCAGGAAUCUCAAAUGCAGCGGAGAAUUUCCAAGCUGCUUUGAUGUUUACAUAUAUUUUGAUGCACUAUCGGGAUCGAACGGGAAGGUUACCUAUAGUCUAGUGAAAUUCUGCACCUUAGCAUUUUAUGACCAUCUCCGCAUAUUAAUUGAACAGAAAUGUUACAUCCGAUGUUCACAAAUUUAUUUCUAAUAUCUGUAAUAUUCACAAUGUAAUUUUAAAGGUAUAAGUAGGUAUGUUACAAAACCUACCUGAAUCUUGUCUGAGAAUCUGGCCCAGCCCCGUGUGUGUGAUUUUGGCGCUGUUUAGAGGGGGCGGGUUUAAAACGCGAUUUUUACUAGGCUGUUGCAAUCGAAAAUGUUCAGCCUAGUAAAUCAUUAACGGAAAAUCGCUGAAAGACCCCGUCGCAAAAGGUAUUAUUAGUUUUUAUGGCCUUGUAUAAUAGUUAUAGUAGUUUAAAAAUCACUCUCUCAACCCGCAACCUCUCGCAGCCCCAGGGUUUUAUAAAGCAAACAAUUAAAGGUAUGUACCUUAUUUUUACGUUAAAAGGGGCUUCUUAAGAACCCUGUAUAUAAAGUUUUCUAUAGCGAAUAGUUCAUUUUGGGCUCUUUAUAUCCCACAGUAUUUUUCUGGGCAUUUGAGGGCACAAAUCCACUGCAUUGUGAACGUUCUAAACCAGCGCGUUCCACAGGAACCCACUAGAAAGCCGAUUUUAAUUGACUAAUUUACAGCAAUUGAACACUAAAUUCCUUCUAUUUGGCCUAUAAAUUGAUGUAAAUGAGAUUUAAAAAUCAUGUUUUUUUUGUGAAUUAUUUGUGAAUAUUAUUUGGACACUUAGGCUAUUAAAAAAUGUUAAUCAUUUAUUAAGAAAUGGAUAGAUGUUUAGAUCUAGUAAUUGAAGUUUGAAAUUCGCUACAAUUGGGUAACUAACUAAUUAUAUGCUUUAAUUUCAGGCCCUCCAAGUAAGAUUAUUUUAUAUUUGUUUCAGAAUGGUUCAAUCUAUGAUAACUGAACAUUUCAUUCAGUUCUCUUAAUUUUUAAGAAGGUUAUGGGCUUUUGACUGUCCUCGAUCACAGCUUUUUUGUUAUGAUCAUAGAAAAUCAAUAGGGAACAAGAUGCUAAUUUCCGAGUAUGAAAAUGGCCAUAACUUUUUUAUUACUUGAGAUAUGAAAGUGAAUUAGGUGUCAAAUUAAACUUAUUGCUAUGCUUUAUCUGAUGGGAUAAAUUGCAGACUUGAUUUUUUAAAUCUCAAAAUUUUGUAACAUUGCUAGUAUAAGUCUGACACGGACAUUUAAGUUCAUUAAACUGUUGCUAUUUUUUUGGCUGUGGAAAACUGCUGAAUAUACUGUAUUUUACAGUGCAUGUUGUAAAUUAUUAAAAUGUUGUUUCAAAAAAAUAUAUAUAUAUAUUUCA